AUGGACACUGCCCCGGACCCAGCAGUUUUGGUAUAUCAGUAUAUAGCUGCAUCGACCAGCGGCGAUUCGACAUCAGACUAUUCGAGCCAGCUAGCCCAGCUCUGGUCCGGAAAGACUCUUUCGCUUCUCCAGUUCAUUCAGACCUUGGGACCUACUUUGACCAGUGAAGAUGUCUCCACACGGGUGAUUUCGCUCCAGUGCUUUGCCAAUACACUUGCAGAGGUGGAUUCCGCUGUAAUCUCGAAACAGGAUGUUGGAGUGCUCUUGCAAUUCUUGACUUCCAAACUUGAGGACGAGAAACUUUCAUCUUCCACACUCAACGCAUUGGCUUCCCUCGUCAAAGCCAAAAACUUCAUUCCUCAUGUAAACAAUAACUUGAAAGAUCUCAUAUCAGCCGUCAUCAAAGAUUACGACCCUCGGAAACAUUUGGCCAAGGUAAGAUAUGAAGCUUUCCUACUUCUCGAAGCCAUUGUAGAGAAACAUCAGGACACAUUAGCAACGAAUGAAGAGUUCGCAGAAUGCUUUGUCAACGCUUUUAUCCAUGUUGCCAGCGGCGAGAAGGACCCUCGCAAUUUGCUUCUGUCGUUUAAAUUGAAUGCUGAGAUCAAUACAAAAAUCCCAUUCCAAGAGAGAUCUUCCAACAAAACUCACGACGAGCUUCUAUCUGACUUGUUCGAUGUAUGCUUCUGUUACUUCCCGAUCUCUUUCACGACCCCGGAAAAUGAUCCAUACAAGAUCACAGCAUUGGACUUGAAGAAACAACUCAGAAUCACCAUUGCCUCGCAGCCCCAGUUCAGCCGGGAUGCUUUUCCUUCAUUAUUUGAAAAGUUGACCUCAACUAACCCUGCUGUGCGAAAUGAUGUGCUCCAAUGCCUCUUGUUGUGUGUAAAUAACUACCCAGCUGAAGUGCUCGAGCAAUACUGGUUAUCCAUUUGGGAUGCUUUGAAAUUCGAGAUCUUACAUAAUGAUAUCCUGACGUUUCAACCUGAAGCAGAUUUCAUUAUUCCUCCCAAUUACGAAAGUCUUGAGGAGACUGAUGACAACAAAACUUUGAUCUUGACUUUGGUUGUGUUGAAUUCAUUGAUUCAAAAGCUCACCGACUCCGAAAUGUUCCCUUCAAUAAUGGAUACUGUCUUACAAGGCUUGGAAGCCAACUACAAAUCUUUGGUCGGCAAAACAUUGAAACCUGCUGUACUUUUGUUAAGUGCCAUGGGAUCCUCUUCUGUUACUUUUUUUAACAGGGUAGUUGACACUCUUUUUUCCUUCGAGGUAUGGGGCCAUUACAUUCGUAGUGAUUACCAAGAAGACACGGAAGAAGACAAGGAAAUUGACAUUGUCUUAACAACAGCUAAGCAGCGUGAUUUAAUCGACAACUUGGGUUACGUGUUGACCGCACAGAAGUUGUUGGGAGUCCCCACCAAUUUAGAAAUAUAUAAAGAUCAUAUCUUGAUCUUCAUGGGACAAUUGUUACAGACCUCGUCGAAUAUUGAGAAGUCUCUCAAGUGCAAGAUCGUUCUGCAACUCACAAAGCUUGUGGUGCUCGACACAUUCUUGAGUGCAGACGAAGUUUCAUUAGUUUUGACUUGGUUCAGUGAAAACAUUAAAGCUUUGAUAGAAGACUCUAGCGCAAAAGGUGAACCUGAUGUGCUUUUGCUGAGAAUAACUAAAAGCUUGACACAAAUUACCUCAGAAGGGCCCGAAGAAUCGAUUCAAUAUUAUAUCAAUUCCGUUAUCACGAUCAUCUUACCGCCAUUGCUCGAAAGAGUAUCCCAGCCAUUGGUUUUGUCAGUUAUCAACCAAAUCUGUCUCAAUUAUCAAUUCUUGGAGGUAUUGUCCAUAAGAUACCUCAACAAAUUGUCCUACGAAGAUUGUGACGAGGACUUGAGCAUAAAUUUGAUCGAGAGUCUCAUUUUCUCCUUUAAACAAGCGCAAAGUGUGAGACCUUUUCUAGCGACGUCUUGGUACAGCAAAUUCUUCCCUAGAUUUUUCACAAUUUCUCAGAAGCGAUUCGCAGAUAACGUUUAUUUAUUGGAAAUCUCCGGCAGUUUAUUAGGUCUUAUCGUCAGAUUCUGUGACAAGACUAAACAUGAGCAAAUUCUUCAUGAUAUGAUUGAUUUGUUUUUCGAGGGCAAGACACUCGAUGGAUUCAAUUUUGAAUUCGAAAUAAGCAAGCCAUCAGCUAAAAUAUCCCUUUUAAAGCAUAUUCUUGCGAACAUAGACCGCAAUUGCAGCAUUUCAGAUGAAUCGGUUGAUUCUAUCACAAAACAACUCAUCAAUUUGAUUCCCAACAUCGAGGACCAAAUUAUUAGACUCGAGUAUCUUCAAGUCUUGGCCGUCGUCAUCAACAAGUUGGCUGUUAACCGCGAAGAACAAGUUGAGCAAAUUUUGUCUGAUCUCUCACCAAAAAGCCAAUUCGAUCAAUCUAGUUUCGAGCUCUCAAUUUGGAUUGCAAAAGGUUUGUUAGUCAGAGUGAGCCCACGUGGAGUAGCCUUUUUAAACAAAUUACUAUUGGAUUUGUCGAACAACCCAGACUUGGAUUACUGCAGAUUGAUUCUGAGAUCAUUCAACGUCCUUGCAGGUGAUGUUGAUGUCUUUUCAAAUGAUGGAAAGGCGGGUAAAAUUAUAUCAGGUGUGACAAAUCUUAACGUCAAGAUUCUUUACAAACAACAGAUAUUUGAGAUUUGCUCGCCAAAGCUCAUAUCUGAUUACUCGAGCAGCGAGAAGGAGGAGAAAAGCGAGAUUUUCCUCAGCACCCUCUCUAUUCUCAUUCAGAAUGUAUCAGCUAAAGUGAUCAAUCCUCAUCUUGAGGCAAUUUUGCCUUUGGUCUUGAACGGCCUCUACUCUCACAACAGCUGUAUUCUUGAGGCAUCGUUGCAGACUCUAGACACUGCCAUUACUCAGUCGCCUGAGCUUGUGAAAAGAGACAUGGAAAGUCUUGUUAAAAAGCUUGUAUCGUUGGGAACCACCAAAAUCGUCAUCAACAAAAAGGUUGUAAACAAGGAAAAUAUCCGACUCUUGAGCUUAGAUUGCCUCAUCAAGAUCUUCACCGAAUUUGAGGAGGCCAAGGUUCGUGGAUUACAGGUUGGAUUGACACAAGCGUUGGCCCCGGGUCUUGACGACAAAAAAAGAAGCGUGCGGAAGAAGACUACGGAUCUAUGCCAACUUUUGCACGAAAUGGAUCGUUAA